AUGUACAGUGUGCGCUGCAAGAAGAAGGCGGGCGAUGCACGCACACCCUCGAGCCCCGCUCCCUCUGGAGGUAAAAUGCACGUUUGCUGCCCCCCAGUAACUUUGGAACAGGACCUUCACAGAAAAAUGCAUAGCUGGAUGCUGCCGACUCUAGCAUUUGCUGUAACAUCUCUCGUCCUUUCCUGUGCAGAAACCAUCGAUUAUUAUGGGGAAAUCUGUGACAAUGCAUGUCCUUGUGAGGAAAAGGACGGCAUUUUAACUGUGAGCUGUGAAAACCGGGGGAUCAUCAGUCUCUCUGAAAUUAGCCCUCCCCGUUUCCCAGUCUAUCACCUCUUGUUGUCUGGGAACCUUCUGAACCGUCUCUAUCCCAAUGAGUUUGUCAAUUACACUGGGGCUUCAAUUUUACAUCUGGGAAGCAAUGUUAUCCAAGACAUCGAGACCGGGGCUUUCCAUGGGCUGCGGGGUUUGAGGCGGCUGCACCUAAACAAUAAUAAACUGGAACUUCUUCGAGAUGACACCUUCCUUGGCUUGGAGAACUUAGAAUACCUGCAGGUCGAUUACAAUUACAUCAGUGUCAUUGAACCCAAUGCUUUUGGGAAACUGCAUAUGCUGCAGGUGCUUAUCCUCAAUGACAAUCUCUUGUCAGGUUUACCCAACAAUCUUUUCCGUUUUGUGCCCUUAACGCACUUGGACCUGCGGGGGAAUAGGCUGAAACUUCUGCCCUAUGUGGGGCUGUUGCAACAUAUGGAUAAAGUUGUGGAAUUACAGCUGGAGGAAAAUCCCUGGAAUUGCUCCUGUGAACUAAUUUCUCUCAAGGAUUGGUUAGACAGCAUCUCCUACUCAGCCCUUGUGGGUGAUGUGGUCUGUGAGACCCCCUUCCGUUUACACGGCAGGGACUUGGAUGAAGUAUCCAAGCAGGAACUUUGUCCAAGGAAACUCAUUUCUGACUACGAGAUGAGGCCACAGACUCCUUUAAGCACCACGGGGUAUUUACAUACCACCCCAGCCUCUGUCAAUUCUGUGGCCACUUCUUCCUCUGCUGUUUACAAACCCCCCUUGAAGCCUCCUAAGGGGACGCGCCAGCCGAACAAACCCAGAGUGCGCCCCACCUCUAGGCAGCCCUCUAAAGACUUGGGUUACAGUAACUAUGGCCCCAGCAUAGCCUACCAGACCAAAUCCCCGGUGCCUUUGGAGUGUCCCACCGCAUGCACUUGCAACCUUCAGAUCUCUGAUCUGGGCCUCAAUGUCAACUGCCAAGAGCGCAAAAUCGAGAGCAUCGCGGAGCUGCAGCCCAAACCCUACAAUCCCAAGAAAAUGUACCUAACCGAGAACUACAUCACUGUUGUGCGCAGGACAGACUUCCUGGAAGCCACCGGACUGGACCUCCUGCACCUGGGUAACAACCGCAUCUCCAUGAUCCAGGACCGGGCCUUUGGGGAUCUCAGCAACCUGAGACGUCUCUAUCUGAAUGGCAACAGGAUCGAGAGGCUGAGCCCAGAGUUAUUCUAUGGCCUGCAGAGCCUGCAGUAUCUCUUCCUCCAGUACAAUCUCAUCCGCGAGAUCCAGUCUGGGACUUUCGAUCCAGUCCCAAACCUCCAGCUGCUCUUCUUGAAUAACAACCAACUGCAGGCCAUGCCUGCAGGUGUCUUCUCUGGCCUGACUCUGCUCAGGCUAAACCUAAGGAGCAACAGCUUUGCCUCUUUGCCAGUGAGUGGCGUUUUGGAUCAGCUGACUUCCCUCAUCCAAAUCGAUCUACAUGACAACCCUUGGGAUUGUACCUGCGAUGUGGUGGGCAUGAAGCUGUGGAUUGAGCAGCUCAAAGUGGGAGUGUUAGUGGACGAAGUCAUCUGUAAGGCGCCCAAGAAAUUCGCAGAGACCUACAUGCGCUCCAUCAAGUCUGAACUGCUGUGUCCAGACUAUUCUGAUGUGGUGGUUUCCACGCCCACACCCUCUUCCAUCCAGGUACCAUCCCGGACCAAUGCAGCAACGCCAGUUGUGCGGUUGAACAGCACUGGGGCCCCCGCGGGCUUAGGUGCUGGUGCAGGGGCUUCGUCAGUGCCCUUAUCGGUGCUGAUCCUCAGCCUGCUGCUGGUUUUCAUCAUGUCGGUCUUCGUGGCAGCAGGCCUCUUCGUGUUGGUCAUGAAACGUCGGAAGAAGAACCAGAGCGACCACACCAGCACCAACAACUCCGACGUGAGCUCCUUUAACAUGCAGUACAGCGUGUAUGGGGGCGGAGGCGGCGGCGGGGGUGGCCACCCGCACGCGCACGUGCACCACCGCGGACCCGCAUUGCCCAAGGUGAAGACUCCCGCGGGCCACGUGUACGAAUACAUCCCUCACCCACUGGGCCACAUGUGCAAAAACCCCAUCUACAGGUCUCGAGAAGGCAACUCCGUGGAGGAUUACAAAGACCUGCACGAGCUCAAGGUCACCUACAGCAGCAACCACCACCUGCAGCAGCAGCAGCCACCGCCGCCGCAGCAGCCCCAGCAGCAGCCCCCUCCGCAGCUGCAGCUGCAGGCUGGGGAGGAGGAGAGGCGGGAAAGCCACCACUUGCGGAGCCCCGCCUACAGCGUCAGCACCAUCGAGCCCCGAGAGGACCUACUGUCGCCGGUACAGGACGCUGAUCGCUUUUACAGAGGCAUUUUAGAGCCAGACAAACACUGCUCCACUAGCCCUGCGGGCAGCAGCCUCCCGGAAUACCCUAAAUUCCCAUGCAGCUCGGCUGCUUACACUUUCUCCCCAAACUAUGACCUGCGACGCCCCCAUCAGUAUUUGCACCCGGGGGCAGGGGACAGCAGGCUGCGGGAACCGGUGCUCUUCAGCCCUCCGGGUGCUGUCUUUGUAGAACCGAACCGGAAUGAGUAUCUGGAGUUAAAAGCAAAACUAAAUGUUGAGCCGGACUACCUCGAAGUGCUAGAAAAACAGACCACAUUCAGUCAGUUCUAA